AUGCUCGUCCUUUCUUCGCUAAACAAACUGCUCGGGCAGGUCCUGAGCCCGCCAGCGCUGCAUACAGCAGUGCUAUUCACUGCUUCUGGCGCCCUUGUUUCAUUUGCAUCUGCUGCGACACGUCCGAAGGAUGAUAUUCGUGUACUUGUUGGGCUUGCGAGUGAAGUAUGGGCAGAGACAAGAGAGGAUGGUGAAGGGAUGGUUGAUAGCGAAUUGGGACGCAUCAUCGUGCUACCAGUCGUUUCAGUACCCAAGCAAGAGGGCCAACCACCAAAAGAUCCUGCUCUCCUCAUAGCACUCAAUGCUACAGACGAUAUCGAAUGGGGCGAUCUGCAACUCAAGGGCCAGAACCUUGCUGCACACCUUGCCAAACCACUUCAACAGGUACAAGAUAAACUCGAUGCAGCUCCACCUCCUCCCAGUAAGAGUGGACGCCGUUGA